UUUUUCAGUUAAAGUUGUACUCCAGUCUAGUAGGUGGCAGUAAUGCAACAAAUUGGAUGCCAACCGCCGUUAAACAUCAUAGAAGAAGAAUGUUGUUGACCCCCUAGUGACCACUGUCUGUAAGUACACGUUGGAACUAGACCCGGAAGCAGCGUGUACACUGCUGAAACCAAGGAGACAGCAUGGCGGAAUACACAGGUACACAUCACGACGGUGGGGCAGGGGACGAUGUGCCCGAUCUCUCAGACAGUGAUAAUGAGGAACAGUGGCAGUGGAUGGAGGCAAAUGACAACAACGUUCAAGUUACUUGCUUAUUCUGUGACAAGAUGUCAAAUUCUGGACCAGAAACACUACAACACUGCCUAGUCGAGCAUCAAGUCGACCUUGUAGAAGUGGUUAAGAAACACAAAUUAGAUGACUAUGGCUACAUCAAGAUGAUAAACUACAUACGAACAGAGAAGUGCAGUGGGCAGAGCUUGUCUUCGCUGCCUGAGUGUUCUAUUCCCUGGGAGAGUGAUGAGUACAUGAGGCCAGCUUUACAGGAUGACCCCUUACUGCAGAUAGAUCUGGAAGAACUGUGUGAGGGGAAGGGGAUUUUGGCUGGCCCCUCUACUGGGGGCCAGUGUGAAGCCAGCCGCUCCUCUGAUGCUCUUCUGCAGAGGGCCCAGGCUGCAGAGGAGAGGGCCCAGCGCACAGAGGAGGCCCUGGCCAGAGCCAUGGACGACCUACACAAACUCAAGUUGCUGGCCCAGGGUCUAGUAUUGAAUGCGGAUGUGGGUCGGGGCACCGGGUCCUUGGGUGCCGUGGCUGAGCUCCGGGAGGACGAGGACGAGGCCUACUUCAGCUCAUAUGGCCACUACAGCAUCCAUGAGGAGAUGCUUAAGGAUAAAGUGCGCACAGAAAGCUACAGGGACUUCAUGUACCUCAACCCGGAAGUGUUCAAGGACAAGGUGGUGCUAGAUGUGGGCUGUGGGACGGGCAUCCUUUCUAUGUUCGCCGCCAGAGCGGGAGCCAAAAUGGUCAUUGGGGUGGACCAAUCAGAAAUCAUCUACCAGGCCAUGGACAUUGUCAGGUCGAACCAGCUGCAGGACAGGGUCACUCUGAUAAAGGGCAGGAUAGAGGAAGUCAAACUGCCCGUUGAAAAGGUGGACAUCAUCAUCUCAGAAUGGAUGGGUUACUUCCUGCUGUUUGAGUCAAUGCUGGAUUCGGUUCUCUAUGCCAGAGACCUCUAUCUGGCCGAGGGGGGCUCAGUCUACCCUGAUCGUUGCACCAUCAGCCUGGCGGCAGUGGGCGACACGGAGAAGCACCAGGACCGCAUUGCAUUCUGGGAUGACGUAUACGGGUUCAAGAUGGCGUGCAUGAAGAGGGCCGUGGUGCCAGAGGCCGUGGUGCAGGUCCUCAAACCAGACACACUCAUCUCUAAACCUGCAGUCAUACAGGGAAUCGAUUGUAACGCAGUGUCUCUCUCUGAGCUGGAGUUUGCAUCAGACUUCUGCCUAAAGAUAACAGACAGCACAGACUGCACGGCCAUCGUGGGCUACUUUGACAUUUUCUUCGACAGAUACUGCGGCAACAAGGUGAUGUUCUCCACGGGGCCACAGGUCACCAAGACGCAUUGGAAGCAGACAGUAUUCCUGCUAGAAAAUCCCAUCCCUGUACAAGCAGGGGAGGAGCUUCAGGGACGGAUCACCAUACGCAAAAACAAAAAGGAUCCCCGCUCGCUGUUCAUCACCUUUGACCUCCAUGACAUGAAGCAGACCUACAGCCUGCAGUGAGUUCACUGAUCACAUGACUACGAUCAUCAAUAGUGUGGCUGAACUGAAAUAUUCCCCAGACUUUGCCAAAACAAUUAGUAUUAUUAUGGUUGUUAUUAUGAAAUGUUUAACUCUUAUGGAAUCAGAAACAGCUUAUCUUCAUAUGGAGCAGUAAAUGUAGAUAAUAUAGGGAUUUGUUUAAAAAAAAAAUUGAAAGUUAGACUGACAGAGUGGUGAGACAGGGAGAGUAUGAAGAGUGCUUGAACAACAAGCUGUAGAGUUCACUGCAUUUUUAAUGCCAUACCUGUUAAUAAACACAUUCCCU